AUGACAAGCAGUCAUGGACAAAAUUUCAUGGAAUUGUCUGCUUUUGUCAAGUACUCUACUGAUGUUGAGAACAAAUUUGAACGUAACCAAAUCAAAUCAAAUCAAUAUGGUGUUAGCAUUAAAAUGACAAAUGUAGUCUGCAUUUCUUAUAACAAGUCUUGGGUUGUUGUAAAUCAUUGCCGGCUGAAAGCCGUGCAACGAAACAAAACCAUAUUUAAUGCUGACCUGGAAAUUAUACAUCCAGCUAAUGAAAUCGAUAUGAGAGUGCAAGUUCAGAAGAAGGCAAACGGUUACAAACCUUGGCUUUUCGAUAUCACAAUAGAUGGCUGUAAAUAUUUGCGAAAACCCAAUAACCCCGCUAUUAAAAUAAUUUAUGGAAUCUUUAAAGAGUUUUCAACGAUUAAUCAUACAUGUCCAUAUGUUGGUCAUCAGGGAGUUGCAGGCUUUUAUCCUACCAUCGAUAAAUUUCCAAACCCAUUACCAUCUGGAGACUAUUUUCUAAUUCUAACCUUUAUACUUUCAAAGCAACGAAUCAAAGCAACGGAUCCAAUAUAUUAA